AUGAUUUUGACAACAUUUCCAAAUAGGCUUGCCCUCAAGAAAUAUGAUUACCUGCAUAUGAAACAUGUCUUGGGUCAUGCCUGGCUAAUAAGGGCCGGUUUCCCAGUUUCAUUGGUGUAUAGAUUCCCCACUUAUACAGGACGCCAGGCCAUCACAGCCGGUGACUGGCUCCAGGGUCCCCAUCUCUAUACCCUUUAUAACUCUUACAAUUUCUCAAAACACCAAAUUGAACUCCUGUUUGUAGUGGGAUUCAGUUCAGCUUUGAUAUUUGGGACUACAAUUGGAUCUUUUGCAGAUAAGCUUGGCCGUAGAUUGAAUUGUGUACUGUAUGGAAUUUUCUACACCAUUUGUUGUGUAACAAAACAUUACAACAAUUUUUUUGUCUUGGCUUGUGGCUGUAUUCUUGGAGGUGUUUCUACAUCCAUUCUCUUCAGUGCCUUUGAAUCUUGGCUCAUCCAUGAUUUCAACAGACAAAAUAUUGACAAAAACCUCCUGGGAAACAUCUUCAGUACAAGUGUCCUUUGUAAUUCAAUUGUUGCCAUCCUCAUGGGCCUGGUUUCACAACUUGCUGUAGAUACAUUUGGUUAUACGGCUCCAUUUAAGAUAGCAGCUUGUUCGUUCUUUUUGAUGAUUAUUUACCUAACAUGGAACUGGGAAGAAAAUUAUGGCAGCCAAGAGACGUCUGUCUGUUUGUCACUGCGAAAUUCCUUUCAAUUAAUCAAGAGUGAUUAUAAAGUGCUGUGUUUAGGAAUGAUACAGUCCCUAUUUGAAGGUUCUAUGUAUGUGUUUGUCUUGGAGUGGACCCCAUCACUUAACUAUGCCAGUGGUUUCCUAGGAUUUGACCUAAUUUUACCCUAUGGUCUGAUAUUUUCAAUUUUCAUGUUGUGUGUAAUGACUGGUUCUUACAUUUUCAAGAUACUCUCGCAAAAAUUGUCAGUUGAGUCAUUCAUGAGAUUUGUUCUGUUAAUUUCUGCUGUUGCUCUCAUGGUUCCUCUUAUCUUCCGUCAAGUAAGUUCUGUAAUAUUAUUCUGGUUUUUUUCACUUUACCAUUUUAUAUUCAGUUAUUUCCAUAAUAUGUGUAAUGAGCUGCCAUUGUAUUGGUAAAUUAAUCAUCAUACA